AUGGUCUCCGAGCAAGACAUUUGCUCCUCGGUGCUGGAGUUCGUGACAGAGGGUGGAUAUCCAGCCUCCGAGAAAGUUGUUGCUGCCGAGUUUCCAGUGUCAGCUCUUUCGGAGGAAUUGGACCUCCUGGGGAAAGCCAGAGAACAAGUGGAGGCUGAGAUCAGCUCUCUGAGUCGCGAAAACGAUUUCGACGCGGACGGAUGGAUCUCCCAGGCAAAGCAGCUUCAUGCCGACAUCGAACGCUCGAGGGUCACUGCACGAGAAAUCGUUGAACAACAUGAACACACAAAACCUCUUCGACUGAAGGUUGAAGAUGCCGCUGCUAAAGUCCAACUGAUCGAGACCGAGAUUGCAUUCAACCAAGCUGUUACGGAUACUCUGGAGGAGGUACAAAGGCUAUGCCAACAACUUGAUGCGGGGAGAGCCACUCUUGCCGAGGGCAAGAUUAUGAACGCCAUCGACACGUUAGAGGAGACUGAGAAGGCUGUGCGGAGUGAAAGCCUGAUCACAAAUACCAAUGUGUCGCAUGUAUUGCUGGAAACCGUCAGCGACCUGCGGCGGGAGAUCACGGACUUUCUUCGGAAUCGUUGGACUGAGCAACUUCGUGUCGACAAGCGGAAUGGGAAGCUGACAGUCUCAGCAAGUCCAGAACACCCAUUAGAGGACACUAUUGCGGCCCUUGCCCGACUUGAUAUACUCGUACCGGCAAUUGACCGUCUUGAAAAAGACCUAAUUGCUUCGAUCAUAGAGCCCAUUCUGUCACCUGCUCUUGAAGGACAAGGCCGUGAGGUUCGAUUGGGGGAUUCGUCGAUAGAGCUCGACCCUCAACCAUCGCCAUCCUCUGUACCAGAUGUUCUAGGUCGCAUGAAGAACGUCCUUGAAUUCUUGCGUCGCAAGCUCCCAGCGUCGAUAACAGAUUCAUUCACCGGGUCAUUGAUUCCAACCCUCUCAUCGAAAACCAUAUCCUCGUGGUUAUCGUCUGCGAUCCCGACGGAGCUCACGGGGCUGAAGGGAUUCGAGGACACCCUGGAUCAGGUUCUGCAGUUCACCAAGGCAGUCGAAUCACUCGGAUGGAAUGGUCAAGAAGAGCUUGUUUCGUGGGUCAACCAAGCCCCACGUCUCUGGCUCGCAAGGCGACGGGUAGACUCGUUAGACCAAGUUCGCAGAGUUCUUGCUGCGAGCCAGGGCCAUACGAAGAUGGUGGAGCGGAUUGAAAAGGAACAAGUAUCCCAGAAAGACGAGGCGUUUCUAGACCAAGGCUCCACCGAUGAUUGGGAUGCCGAAUGGGAUGAUGAUAAUGAGGACGAAUCGAAAGAGACAUCCUCUGAUCCUCAGCAUAAAGACGACGAGGAAGACGUCAGCGCCUGGGGCCUUGACGAUGAUGAUCACGAUGACUCCAAGCCAACAGUCGCAGAAUCAGAACCAGCUGCGGGUCAACCGGUUGAGGACGAUGAAGUAGACGCAUGGGGCUGGGGUGAUGAUGAUGAAGUACAAGAAGCUGAUACCGAAAAGCCUGGCGAGGCAAAACCAGCCGGACCUGUCAAUGGCGAAGGCACCGAUCAUGCCCCUACCUCGCGAGAGGUCACCUUGAGAGAACAAUACACUAUAACGGACAUCCCGGAUUCAAUCCUCAAGAUCGUCAGGCAGCAGAUUGCAGACUCUGAGGCCAUAUCCCAGCCUACUCACUCUCAUUCACGCGUGGUUUCCUCUGGGGCUGGCCUGCUUGCCCUCCCUACUUUGAUCCUUGCCAUGUUCAAAGCCACAGCUUCUGCCUUCUACGGCCUCAAACUUAGUUCCGGUCAGAUGUAUUUGUACAAUGACAGCUUAUAUCUUGCCGAACAAGUUCGCGGUCUUGUCGAGGAACAUGGAUUAGCAAGACUUCAACCUGACAUUGAGGCGCUUGAAAAGUUUGGUAAAUAUGCCUACAGCAAGGAAAUGCAAACACAACGCACGAUUGUCACCGACCUUCUCGAUGGUGCCCAAGGCUUCAGCCAAUGCUCCGAGCAACCUUUCCUCGGCGAGUGUGAGAAUGCAGUGAGCGCUACCGUUGACAGAAUCCGCGAUGUGUACAGAGAGUGGCAACCAAUUCUCUCACACUCAGCGUGUCUCCAGUCGAUUGGAUCCUUGGUGUCGACUGUCAUUAACAAGGUCAUCAUUGAUAUUGAGGACUUGGGAGACAUCUCAGAACCGCAAUCUCAGCGCCUGGUGUCCUUUUGCACCCAGAUCUCUCAGCUUGAAGAUAUCUUUAUGCCGGAGGCUUCAGGCGACGCUGAACGUGUACCGAUGACCGCAGUAUAUGUGCGGAACUGGUUGAAGUUCCAGUAUCUUAUCAAUAUUCUUGAGAGCUCCUUGGCUGACAUCAAAUUCCUCUGGUUGGAAGGAGAACUACGACUGGAGUUCUCGCCUGAGGAGGUCGUCGACCUGAUUGAGGCGUUGUUUGCGGAAUCCGAUUACCGCCGAAAAGCUAUCGCAGACAUUCGACGAGUAUCGCGGGGCUAG